AUGGGUAGGUAUCCGCUUGUAUCAUUCAAUGAGAAAUGCAUCUUCUCCGUCUUUAAUCUUUAUUCAUUCCUGUUUUUUCUUCAGACUCUGCCACCGACCCGUCUGAGCCAACCUUCGGCUGCUCGAUUUGCGGCCGCAGAUUUAUCAAAUCCAGUUUGGUAAGAGCAUAUUUUACUAAUCAUAAAUUAUGUGUCAAAUGAUAGGAAAAACACGAAUCAGCAUGUAAGAAACUCGCGACACUUCAUCGCAAACCAUUCGAUUCUGGCAAACAGCGUGCGAAAGGAAGCGACAUCACCUACGCGGAUAUCAAGAAAGCACAGACCGAAAAAGCCAAGGUAUCUAUUAUUAUUAUUAUUAUUAUUUUGAAAUACUCCGUACAUUCUUCAUUUAUCAGAACGGUGGAAUAUUCCCACGUCCCCAAACGAACUGGCGCGAGCGGCACGGCAACUUCAUCGACGCCGUCUCUUCUUCGAAACGCGUGGACUAUGCUCUGAAAACUGGCGCCCCGUUGCCUCCUCCGCCAAAAACUGCGGUGCCCAGUGGUUAGUUCACUUUUUUGUUAUUCUCAGUCACACAGGUGAACAUUUUCGUUGCGAAAGUUCAGAGAAAAAGAAUGAAAAUGACGGUGUUGUUUGUUUCGUAAUUUUCAUCGUUUUUAAUUCGCUCGUUCACGUAAUGCUCGAAUGGGGUCUAACACCAACAAUAAUCGGGUAGCACGAUGCAGUGGAGCGUACGCAUAUUGCGCGCGCAAUUACGGACACUUCCAAUGCACUAAUCGCGGUUCCUUAGACUCUCUCUCUCUCUCUCUCUCUCUCUCUCUCUCUCUCUCUCUCUCUCUCUCUCUCUGUUAACUUGGUUCAAUGCUGUCUUUUGUCUUCUGAAUUCAGAGUUCAUUUCCAGACUACGUGCAGUGCGAGUACUGCAAUCGGAACUUCAACUCGGCGGCCGCUGAGAGACACAUUCCGUUCUGCAGGUGCUUGAUUAAUGAGGGGCUGAGGGAAAUUAUCAUGCAUUUCAGAGAACAAGCAGCCAGAAAACAAACGGGCAAUCUCAAAUCGUCGGCCGGCUCUCGAGGUCUCGCCACAAACUACAGAAGCCUUCCAUCUAAGCAUGAGGUGCAUCAAUUCCGAAUUCCUUGCUAUUCAAACACUUUUCAGGGGAGAAAACAAGAUCCGUCAAGUAGGAAUGGGUCGGCGGAACGUAAACCGACCACAAAAGGAAGGGAUGGAAGUUUGUCGAGGGCUCGUAAUGAGGAUUUCAAUGAAUUGUCCAAUCGGCGAAAGUAAGGGCAACCUUGUUGAUGUGAAAUUAGCGGCUUUUUCAGGUCUCUCGACACGAGGUCUAAUCUGACAACGGCUCAAAAUGCUUCUAGAAACACUUCUCUCUCGGCGGGAAUGCGUCCGUCCCUUCCACCAAUGACUCCUGCCAAGUAAUGAUUAAUUCCAUCUCAUGUUUCCUAUUUGCGUUUGUUUAGGAGAAGCAGUUCUGCCAAACGAGACGCUCAGCAACAAUCGUCCUCUUCCUCUUCCUCUUCCACCCAACGACGCCUGAAAACACCGUAAGUUGAAGACGGACCCGAAUGCUUAGUGUGGUGUGCAUUGCCGUUCCGUUUCAGAGUCCCACUGGCUAACCGCAUCAGUAAGAUGAGCAUCAAUCACUGA